UCUGAUUGGUGUGCUAGAGUUGCAGCUUUUAAUUUUCUCCAAACUCUCCUGCAACAAGGCCCAAAAGGGGCUCAAGAAGUAAUUCAAAGUUUUGAGAAAGUAAUGAAACUAUUUCUCCGGCAUUUAGAUGAUCCUCACCACAAGGUCGCACAAGCAGCACUGUCGACACUUGCGGAUCUUAUACCAUCUUGCCGAAAGCCUUUUGAGAGCUACAUGGAAAGAGUCCUACCCCAUGUCUUCUCACGGCUAAUCGAUCCUAAAGAGGUAGUUAGACAACCCUGCUCCUCAACCUUGGAAAUUGUCAGCAAAACCUACAGUGUGGAUUCCCUUUUACCUGCAUUGCUUCGUUCACUGGAUGAGCAGAGAUCACCAAAGGCUAAAUUAGCUGUCAUUGAAUUUGCCAUCAACUCCUUCAACAGGUACGCUGGUAACCCUGAAAUUUCGGGUAAUAGUGGCAUCUUGAAGUUGUGGCUG